AUGAGAGAAUCCAUUCAACCUGGUGAGACCAAAGUCAUUGGAUACAACCAGCAGCGGCACUCUAUACAUCCACACCCUUAUUCUCGAAAGGCUGGUACUACUACAACGGCAACCACUCAUUAUCCUCGAUACCGUACCAAGGCUACAAUGCCAACCAGCUCAUCAUCAUCGUCAUCGUCAUGCAACAAAAAGUGCAAUGAUGCUGUAUCACUCCCAUCAAUUCAAUUGAAAAAUCCUCAAAGAUCAUCUUCAGCAUGUGGAAUUCCGCUUCAUACCUCCAAAGCCUACCUUGCUACAAGAACCAGCAGCAGGAACAUGGGGAAUGGAGGAGGUGGUAGUAACAGUGGGAGUAAACCUCCAAGUUUUCAAGCGCAAUGGAUGUUUUUCAGUAACUCGCAAUGGAUCCCAUUGGAUACUCAAAGUCACCUCAAGUUGGAAAGAACGCUUCAAUUGGAUGGUGUAUUCGUUGAUAUCCAAGAUAGCCAUUUUCCUGGUGUUGAGCGUAUACGGGUCUUUCCUGGCGCUGAUUAUCUUUCAUAUCUCGGGAUCCGGUACCGUAUCUGCCGUGUAUUGUUACCUUCCUUGUGA